CUCCGGAAUGCCACGCCCACCUCUGGGAUGUCUGCUGAGAAUUGAGAAUUGGGAAUUGACACAGCAUGUGGCAUGAAGAAAGCCGCGCCCACCGCGACAGGAGGGAAGCAUACACAGAAUUCAAGCAUAUAUAGGGCAAUUUCGCGCCCAUUGAGUAGCUACGAUGCUUUCUCACACAUCCCUUUUCUUCCAUCUAUUCCCUCUUGAACUCCCUCUUGAGAUUACUUUCUUCCACCAUGGAUUGCUUUUCCACCUCGCCCCAGGAGCAAGAAAAAAGGGCCCUGGCGGAUACAACAGAUUCGCCCAGCUGGACUUCGGCCCUUGCACUUACCGAAGCACACACUAUGUCUUCUCUUUCAGCUGGCAGUGGCAAUGGAAACAUUAACCCGUAUCUUUUCCCCAUUCGAUUCGCCUCUAACAGCACCAUCACGCCUGUCUUGAGUGGUCAUAUACCAGACCCUCCUACUAUGAACCCCAGCUUGGAGUUUGCAGACAUGGUAUCGACUUCUCUGGAGGAUUUCACGUCGUAUGACCAUUAUCAGCUGUCCCAGAGGUCUGGGGGCUGGCCGAUCAAGUCCACUACCUCUUCCUUCUAUAACGUUCCUCCGCAACAAGGCGUCACCAUGAACCCGAGCCCGAAAUCGACCUCAUUCCCCAAUGAUCCAGCCUACUAUUUACCCCAGCCAAGUGCCUCUACCAUACAAAUACAAUUAUCCGCGCUAUCAUCUUCUCAUGCCCAUCCUGAGGGUCUCCAAUGCAAAUGGGAAGGCUGCCGAGCCCGAACCACUUUUCGGCGAGCAAAUGAUCUCAUCCGUCAUAUCAGAACAAUUCACGUUGCUCCCCAUGAGUAUCGCUGCCCCGUUGAAGGUUGUGGUAUGGCUUUUGGCCGCGAAGACCAUCUCCGAGCUCAUGAGGGGGUUCACCUCCGGCGAGGUUAGAUUGUUGGAUGAGUAUUAUACUAUGGUCUAGGCUUCGAGUCUACACUCCUGACCUAAGCUCCUGAUCUGCCAUCAUCCUCCGUAGUCUUGGUUUGUGCCUCCGGCUCGCAAUUCUUGUGGUGGACCUCUCUUACUUGGUUGUGUGCUCUCUCCAUCUA